AUGGCCGCUACUCUGCCUGAGCCCGCUGUGCUCCUGCGCGCCUUCCUGCGCGUCAUGCUGGACGAGAUCGUGCCCAAGACGCGGGCCAACGUUGCGAGCGGCAGCAAGGUCUUUGGAGCGUCGGUCCACCACAAGUCUCCCCAGCUCGAGGUCGUCACCGUCGGGACCAACACCGAGACCGAGAGCCCGCUACUGCACGGCGAGAUCCAGACGAUCCAGCAGUUCUACAAGAUCCCUCGAGCCGAGCGACCCGAGGCCAAGGACACCGUCUUCUUCUGCACGCACGAGCCCUGUUCUCUCUGCUUGUCCGGCAUCACCUGGGGCGGCUGGAACACCUUCUUCUACCUCUUCUCGUACGAGGACACGCGCGACGCGUUCGACAUCCCGCACGACAUCAAGAUCCUCGAGGAGGUUUUCCGCGUCCCGUCGACCUGCGCGCACGAGUCGCCGUCCGACCUCGCCUCGCGCCCGCUGUACAACCGCACCAACGCUUUCUUCACGUCGGCGUCGUGCGCCGAGCUGCUCGCCCAGGUCCCGGACGACUCGCCCGACAAGCCUGAGCUCGAGGCGCUGUGGAGCGAGGUGCGGAAGGUGUACGGCGAGCUGAGCGGGACGUAUCAGAGCCAGAAGGGCGACAAGGGGAUCCCGAUGGCGUAGCGACGGCGAGAGUGGGUGCAACCUGAGAAGAGUUGUUUCUUGU